AUGGUGACAUCGACUUCGACGAAUUCGAAAAGGUUAGCAAGUGUCUGCACGUUUACUUCGUCAAUACAGGCUGCAAGCUUAUUCGAUAGCUUAGCACAAGCCGCGUCUUCACAGGUACAAGCUAUUAUUCGUAACCAGACGAGCAUCGGAAGUCGCCAUCGCGAUCACCAGGGUACAGGGAACAUUUACAAGGGCGUGUCUUCGGCGUUAUGUACAUUCUUCUUUGGAGAGAACCUCGAUAAGAAACUAACAGUCGACAGAUUUUUGGACUUCCAACGAGAGUUGCAAACGGAGAUACUCACAUUGGAGUUUUUACGGCAUGACCCAGUUGACGGAAAGAUCCCAGAAUGGGAAUUUGCCGAGUUGCUGGUCGCCUAUGCUGGUCUGAAUGACAAAAAAAAGAAUCGGAUGCUUAAACGAAUUAAAAAGCUGUUCAAGGAGUCGUCACAGGGUAUCACGCUAUUUGACUACCUUCAGUUCUUCCACUUUCUGAAUAAUAUUACUGAAGUGGACACAGCCCUGACUUUCUACCAUAUAGCAGGAGCCUCGAUUGAUCCGCCUACGUUGAAACACGUUGCGCAGACGGUAGCACACGUCGAACUAAGUGAUCACGUGGUAAACGUGCUCUUUGCCCUCUUCGACGAAAACAUGGACGGUCAGCUUAGCAACAGAGAAUUUGUCUCAGUAAUGAAGGAACGGUUGCAUCGAGGACUGGAAAAGCCCAAGGACACCGGAUUUGUUAAACUACUCUCAUCAGUGGUUAAAUGUGCUCGGCUAAAGAAAGCCUCACCGCCCUCCAGGGCAGAGUCAGCUCAGUCAACAAAAUAG